AGGAGGGGAAAUUGGCAUUCAUUCAUAAUCAGCUGUUUUUUGUUGUCUGUAAUUUGACCCGUUUUUCUUCGGCUUUGAAAAUUGAAACUUAACCGGUUUUCACGAAAAAUCUCUAAAAUCUGUGUAAUUUUUCUAAAUUUUAAGAAAACUCCUCCAAAAGUGAUGCAAUUUCCCUAAAAUAACUCGAAACAACUUCCCCCCUUCAAUCAGCUGAUUUGGUAAACAAACGAUGCCAACUCAAAACAGGGUGCCUCAAAAUCACGGUUUGUUUACCUCCGCUUGCGUCGUGCGCAUUCUGCGUGACAGUUGGCGUAAUCGCGUUUGCGUCACUUUUUUCGCACAACAACAAAGUGGUUUCACAAUUUUUGCACGCACGUUUCGUGAACUAAACAACCGGUUAAUUCGUGACCAUGAAGGUCGAACUCCACCCCCUGACGGAGGACCCCACGUCGGCGUGGAAGGAAAUCUCCAAGAGCCAGCGGGUGAUUAAAAUUAACGCGCGAGCACCGAACUCGGAAGUGGCCAGCAAUAAGGUGCGUGUUGUUUGUAUGUCGGACACGCACUCGCUGACGCACCAUAUCAAGUUUGAGGUCCCGGACGGGGACAUUUUUAUCCACGCGGGGGACUUUACCCGGUGCGGGAAGCUGGACGAGGUGGUGGACUUUAACAACUGGUUGGAGAAACUUCCCCACAAGCACAAGCUGGUCAUCGCCGGGAACCACGAGCUGAGCUUUGACCAUACCUUUACGCAUCCGUUCCAGAAUGCGAGUGCGUGUUGCAAAAAGACCGGUUCGACGCUGCUCGACGAGAUCCCAACGCUGGGCAACUCGAAAGAAAGUUUGGCCGAGGCGGUCAAAACGGAAAACAUCCGCCAGUACCUGAGCAAUUGCGUGUAUCUGCAGGACGAGUGCGUCGAGCUGUACGGGCUCAAAAUCUACGGCACGCCCUGGCAGCCCGAGUUCUGCAAGUGGGCGUUCAACGUGAAGCGCGGCAAAGCGUGCCUGGAAAAGUGGGAGCAAAUCCCGGAGAACCUGGACAUCCUGGUGACGCACACGCCUCCCGUCGGCCACGGCGAUCUGUGCUGCUCGGGGGUGCGCGCCGGCUGCGUUGAGCUGCUGACGACGGUGCAGCAGCGCGUCAAGCCCCGCUAUCACGUGUUUGGGCACGUGCACGAAGGAUACGGCAUCACGUCGGACGGUAAGAUUAUCUUCGUGAACGCGUCGACCUGCGACAUCAACUAUCUGCCCAACAACGCGCCGAUCGUGUUUGACAUUACGCUGCCCAAGGGACGGACCAAAGAUGACGAUGCUUAAGCGUGGGGGAAGGGGAGAUGGAGUUUGUACAAUAGUAAUAAGUAGAAAGUAGUGGGUAGAUUAUACCAUGACAUGGUCUUUGAGGCAAUGAUUAAGCUUCGCAAAUGCUUCUGUAAUCUGUGAUUUAACCACAGUGGAAUAAAUGUUUGUUUAAAACACUUGAAAAUGACAUGAAUACAAUAAGAUAACACAAAGCACUCAGACAAGUUACAACGGAGACUGGAAGAGUAACAUUACUAGACACUUAAAUAUGCUUAACCGGAGUUAAAUUGUGGGAAAAUAUUGUUCUAAUGCCUCUGUAUUUCCGAAGAGGCUAAGCUUAGCCUAAUUUGCGUUUGUGUUCGUUAGUUUUUAUUUAAACAAAAAUCUGUUUGCGGUAGCACUAAUAUUUUGUUACAAAAAGCAGUUAGGCGCGUUUUAAAAAAAAAGGCAAAUAAAUGUUUUAGUCGCUUACAAACUCUUUCUAGCUUUUUCUCACCAAUACUGCCGCUCUUAUCUAGUCCGUCCCAUACGUAAAAACAGCAAGCCGAGAAAAACGCAAGACAAAUUUGUCCCGCCCAAAAGUCUACGUGUUAGGAUUUCACGAAAAAAUGAAAUUUCCUACGGUUCUCUGGAGUAAACUAUGUAAUUUUAUAGGUUUUUCUGAUAGUUCACAUGAUUUUGAAUCAAACUGCAAAACUAAAAAUUGGCGAAACUACAUAUGGGACGGCCUUGAUUUGAGCGGCAGAAUAAUUGCCAGUUAUAAUCAAACUACAGGAGGAAUUGUGUACUUAAAACAUCUGACUCUACGAGCAAUUUUAAAAAGUUCUUCUGAGCAUUUUUUGCACAAUAUUUGAAUCAAAAAUAAUGCAAUUCCGUUUUGAAAACACUUACUUUUUACUAUUUAUGAUAAGUUCAACUUUAAAAUAUUUUUGAGUUGCAAAAAAAAAACAAUAUCAAUCAACAACAAAAACAGAAUAAAACAUGAUUGAAAAAAAAACGCACAAAAAGUUAAUCUGUAAAAUUAAUCAAGAAGCUGAAAAUUGAAAAGGCAGAACAUAUAAACGGCAGAAAAAUUUAAAGGCAGCAAAAACAAACGGCAGAAAUGUAGAUUCUGUGAAUUGUGCUCCGUUCACAGAAUCCUCUAUGAGGUAAACACAACGCAGUAGGGCUGGCCGCUAUAUUUUUUGUAUUUUUUUUUUCGGCUGUUCUUGGACGUUCUUCAUUAUUAUAACCCUCUGAGAGCCAAGCUCGCCUCUAGAAACUCGCUAAAAAUCUUUUGUUUCCAACAAUUUUGAAUCUUUAAAAAGCAUUGACAAAUAGAACUCUUAACUUUUAGAAAACCGUGGGUUUGAUGAUUUUGCGUGUUUCAUGUGACCUUGCGUAAUUUCAAAUAAACGUAUUUAAUAAUAAUUCCAUACUUCUUUUCGCAUUCGCAUGCGAAAGUUUGUAAUUUUAACUGGUUGCAGACUGGAUUUCGUCAUAUAUGUGUGAUGAUUAUCCAGCCCAAGUUGCGCUACGGGUUUCCUAUGCUGAUAGAACGUUUAUAUAAACACUAAGCUAUUUUGAAUAAAUACAGUCGACUCUCUGGUUAUCGCUAUUUGCUAUCUCAAUGUUAUUUCAUCUAUCGAUGGUUUCUUCAGUCCCUUCAAACUGCAUACUUCGAUGCUCAUCUUUUAUAUCCUCUCUAGCUCGAAGAAUCUUUUCCUCGAUGCUCCCUUGCAUGUAUUUCAUGCAAAAGUUUCCUCCCUUUGUCAUUUUUUUUUUUUUGUUUCUCCUGACUUGCAUAGAUAUUUUUAGUUUGCUUACGUUGCCAUGAGAGCAAUUCUCUGAGGUUUCGGUGAUCCGUUUUUUUAAUUUUUUGAAUUUUAAAUUCAAAAAUCUGUAUCUUUUGAAGGAAUUUUUGGAUCGAUUUGGUGUCUUCGGCAAAGUUGUAGGUAUGGAUAAGGACUACACUGAAAAAAAAGAUACAAGGUAAAAUUUUGUUUGUUGAUUUUUAAUUUCACUUUUUGUCACUAAAACUUGAUAUGCAAAAAAAAACAAUAUUUUUAUUUUUUUUAUUUUCUGAUAUGUUUUAGAGGACAUCAAAUUCCAACUUCCCAGAAAUUUCCAGAGCGGGCAAACAUUCUUUGACCGAGUUAUGAUCUUUUGAAUCAAUGCUGAUUUUUUCAAAAAAUCGAAAUAUUAGUCGCAAACAUUUUUCAACUUCAUUUUUCGAUUUAAAAUCGAAUUGGCAAUCAAAAAGUACUCUAGUGAAAUUUUGAUUAAGUGCAUCUUUUUCAAGUUAUAGCCAUUUUUACGUAUUUUUUUUUCAAAUAAUCGCAGUUAUUUUUUUUAAAUAAAUGCCCAUGUUUGCCCACUUUUGAAAAAAAUAUUUUUGAAAAGCUGAGAAAAUUCUCUAUAUUUUGCUUUUUUGAACUUUGUUGAUACGACCCUUAGUUGCUGAGAUAUUACCAUGCAAAGGUUUUCUAAGUCUCACCCAAACAACCCACCAUUUUCUAAUGUCGAUUUCUCAGCAACUAAUGGUCCGAUUUACAAUGUUAAAAUCUUAAACAUUCGUGAAAUUUUUCGAUCUUUUCGAAAACAAUAUUUUCAUUUUUUUUAAACUAAGACUAACAUUUCAAAAAGGACAUACAUUCAAUAUUAUUGUUUUUGCUGGGCAUAAAGGCAAAUGCUGGUUUUGAUACGUGAAAUUCACUUCGACCAGCCCUAUUUAGGUAUCAAAAGAAUAGAUAUUGAGUGUUUGUCCUUGCCUAAAUCCACGGGAUUGAAACUUGUUUGGAAAACCUGUAUAUUUUUCUCCUUCAAAAAAACUUAUUAUUUUUCACAAAUUUUCGAACAAGUCAGCAACAAAUUACAAGUUUGUUAUUCGAACUACACCUAAAAGUUGGUUUUGCCAUUUAAAAAACCUGCUAAAGCAAUGAUGGAAUUCGAGCGAGAAGAUGGAAAUCUUUGAUCGCGAGCGAGCGAAGACGAGAACUUGUAAUCAUUUUCUCUUCUCACUCGCGCUCUUUUCCUAGCCGCUCGCGAACGCCACGUACUAGCCGUUCAAUGGUAAAAAGGUGUAGCUUCAAUCGUUUUGUUAUUUUUUUCUAUUUCGACGCCAACAUUUCAAAAAGCAUCAUGUACAAACCAUGCGUUUUGAGAAAAACGCAUUUGAAUGUUGAGCAUAUAUUUUCAAUUCCCAUUUUAAUAUAAAAGCAAAAUAAGAUGUUCUAAUGAUUACAAACGAUGAAAAACGUUGCUUUUAUUGAUAAUUGAUCAUCCAAAUUCAAUAAAACAUUAUUUCCGUAAUUUUAUUUGAGAAAAACAAACAUAACUUCUUUUGAAUUCACCAACGUCUAUAUCACCCUGCUGUCAUUGAGGGGGACGCUUUGUUAUGAUUCGUUUUUCUUCGCCGAAUGUACAUGGCGCUUUGUUCAUGUUGCUUUUUUUUCGUCACGAGGUUCAUGUAGUCUUUUGUUUGACAGGUUGACAGGGCUAUAUAAACAGGGACUGUUGAUGGCAGAGAUUUUGUUUAUGUUACUUUAUUUAAAAUCAUGAUUAAACCGACUUUACUGAAGUAACUUUUGCUCAUUUUUGGUGGAGAGGUAGCUUAUUAGGAGUACUUUCAGAAUAUGCAAUAACCCAGAAAGUGUCAAAAUGUACAUGAUGCCUUUUGAAAUGUUACCGUCGAUUUGUUUGCGCUCGCGGGCAUUUCUAGCUCGCGAGCGCUACCAAGAGCUGAAGAAGGGAUCUCGCGGCGAGAACUCUAGAGAGAGAAAUGUUUCUCGCGAUAGUGCGAGAAUCCCAACAUUGGCCUAAAGUUAUGACUACUUAGACAAAAAAAUCAAUAUUUUGUAGAAAAUUACUUCCAGAACCAUCUCACUGUGAUUCGGUGGAUGGUUGUUACGAAUUAUCUAUCCAUUGUUUGACACGAACUUUGAAGACACACUAGGUUAUAUCCAACUAAAAGAUAUUAAUCAAACUGUUCUAAAUUGGGUUUAACCAAAUGUUGUAUCAUUCGAUAAAAAUUAAGUGUAUUAUACUGGAAAAAAAUACAUUUUGGAAAUUUGAUGCAGUUUGGUUCAAAAUCAUAUAAACUAUCAGAAAAACCAAUAAAAUGUAGUACUUUGUUCUAGAAAGCCGGAGAAAAUCCACUUUUUCGUGAAAUUAUAACACGUAGCCUUAUGGGCGGGACAACUUUGACACGCGUUUUUCUCGGCUUGCUGUUUUUACAUAUGGGACGGACACGAUUAGAGCGGCAGUAUAACUAUGGGAUUAUUUUUUUUCAAAUGACGCUUUCAAAUAAAAGAUAUUAUCAAUUAUCUCGAUAAAUGCAAUAACAGUUAGAUGAAAAAUAUGAUUUAAUGAGAAAAUUUAAUCAGUUCAUGAGUUUAGGGGUUAAAAUCUGAAAAAAAUAAUAUUUUACACCCAAAGAAAAAAUAUAUAUCAAAUCUGCAACAAUCGAUUUGCUGCAGAAAAUGUUACAUUUUAUAACAUUUUUUUGCAGCAAGCUCAUAGCUCAUUUUUGCCCGCGUGUAAACAUGUCAGCGAUCUGCAGUUCUCACCAACACAUAUAAUGCUGGCGCGUCCCCGAGCAACACUUUAAAGAGAAGUAUAUGUUGGUGCUCUUUCUCUCAAAAUUCAUGAAGCGUCCAUGGCGCGUUGGUAGCGUGUCGGAUCAACAACCAAGAAGUUGGUGGUUCAAUCCUCGUUCUGUUAAGUUUUUUUUGUACAAUACAACCAAAAAGCCGUCGGUAAUGUCGAUAAUUGUCGGCAACGGGCAAAAAUGUCAUAGGGGGAGGGGGGGCAGAAUGGCCCGCCUAAGUAAAAUGCGCCAAAAACCAUAGAAAAACAUGAAAACUUAUGAAUUCAGUGUAGUAGGCUUAUGCUUUGGGAUGUUCCCUUCAAUGUUAUAUACUUGGUUGAUGAAAUUUUUUAGCUUAAAACUGUUUUUGAGCCACUUUAAAAAAAAAGUUUUUUCGACUACUUUUCUAGGGUGCGGGGCAGAAUGGGCCACCCUGUGGGGCAGAAUGGGCCACCUUAGAAAACAAGCCAUUUUGUCUAAUACAACGUUGAAGGGAGAUAAGAAAUGACUUAAGGUACCUUUCUAACAUAGUUUCCAUGAAGUUAGACCACUUUAAUAAAAAUAGUCACUUAUCAAAACAAUUUUUUUUUUAAAUAGUGUUAAUAUGUUGAAAAAGGAGACUAUUUUUACAAAUAAUCAUCAAAACAACUAAAAAAUCAACUAAUUUUGCAUUAAACGUGAUUUGUGAAGCUACCAGAAGUGAAAUAAUCCAUUUAGCUAAAAUUUCGCAACUUUUGAUUAGUUUUACAAGGCAGGAAAAGGGUGGUCCAUUCUGCCCCCAAGUGGAUUUUAAUUUAACACUUCCACCACCAAGUCUCUAAAUGAUUUUAAGGUUCCGUUGUUGUUUGUAUACCUUGGUAGUAACAUCUAGUAACGUUAUAAGCAUUGAGCAAACUUUUUCAAACAAUCCAACUUUUCAGAAAGCUUAUUUAAGAACCUCGAAAUAAACAACAUUUGCGUAGUUUUGUCAAUAAAUUUACAUUUUUGCUCAUAAUUCGAAAAAUACAAUGAAUUCGAACGUCGUUUUCGGUAUGGUGAAGUUAUUUGACGUCCUUUAUAAGACCCUUGCCUUACAAUUGGUCUAAAUCCAUUCUAAAGCCCAAAACCAAGGGUGGCCCAUUCUGCCCCCCUGGUCCAUUCUGCCCCCCUGGUCCAUUCUGCCCCCCCUGCCCCUACCUCUAUAUCGCAAAAAAUGCAUGAGGACAGAUUUCAUGCAGAUUCUGAUAUACUUUCAUGCCGCCAUGCAUCACAAUCAUGCGACCGCCGGUUGGGUGUGAAUAUAAAUAUGCUAUGUUUUGCAUUAAAAUAACUGAUUUAAUUUAAAUGAACAAGUUCAAUAAUUAUUAAUAUUAGUUAUCAAAAGGGCACAGAUAAAUGAACUGAACAGUAUUAGCAUGUUCAUGUCUUUAAUUAUACAUUAGAUUUUUUUUAGACAAAGUUCGUCUUAAUAUUAAAGUAAACGAAAAGCUCAAGGAAAAUUAAUUUUUCAUAAAUUAGCUCACUAAAACGUUCCCUACUCCAGAAACUUGUCGAAAAAAUGUAAACAAUUUCGACCAAAUUUGAGAAUAGUAUCCAUUAGAUCUUAUGGAAGUGGGUAGAUAUAAAGUCACUUGUUUAGACUUAGGUACUCUAGCAAUAUAAAUAAGAAAUGCACUAAGAUAAAGACAUAAUCAAUUGGCAGCUCUCUUGAUAUAGGAAAAAAACAAAUAUCACGUGCUUUAUCUAGUCAACAUACUCCACUGAAAGCACUUUUCAAGGCUUGCAAGUAUUACAAAAUGCAAAACUAUUACAGGUCAUGAUAAAAAAAAAGAUAGCAAAGCUCUACAACCACAGACAUUUACUCGGUAGAAUUGUAUAUUUAAACAACACCUAAGUUUAGCUUACACUACAUAACAAAAUAAGAUUUGUAACAAACAAAAAAAAACACGCAUCUACUCCUCAGAUACAACACUCAACUCAA